AUCUAGGAUUUUUAGAGGCUUUUGAAAGACGUAUUUCUCACUCACUGUUAAACUUAAAUGGGUGGACCCGUUUUGAGUCUAUACCGACCCCACUAAAACCCUGCCCCAACGUCUACCAAAACCCUACACGAAGAGGUUUUCGCUCCUCCCACCUCUGACCACCUUGGGCUCUAAUUGGAGCUCCAGGGACUGUACGGACAUGGAGAAACCUCUGGUGGCACUUGAUAAAGGCACCACCUGCUCUUCGUGGAACUACUCCAGCCGGAGAUUGGCCACUGGCUCAGUCGACGGAACCCUCGCCAUCUUCGACACGCGCGACUCAGCUUCUUCCUCUUUCUCCUGCACUUCAAAAUCGAAGGUGCAUGAGGCUGCUGGCAUUGUGAAAAUUGUUUGGGUUCCUCCAGAGUAUGGUGAUGCAGUGGCAUGUGUUUGCGCAGAUGGAACUUUGUCUCUGUGGGAGGAGGCUGCUGAAGAUGCACAACCUAUUCAAUGGAAGCUCUGCACAAGCUUUAAAAGUGGUUCCGCUCAACUGCUAGAUACCCAAUUUGGAGUCUCACCGUCAGGUUUAAAAAUGGUUACUGCAUAUUCUGAUGGCCAUGUCAAGGUCUCUGAGUUACUAGAUCCCUUGGAUCUGAAGAAUUGGCAACUUCAGGCUGAAUUUCAGAAUGUUAUUGAUUCAGUGUCUACGUUUGGGAAAGCCAUGUGCUUAUCUGCAUCUAUAUCUUGGAAUCCACAAAGAGGAGAGAGCCAGGAAUCCAGCUUUGUUUUGGGUUUCAAUUCAGACACACCACAACUUAAUUCUUCCAAGGUAUGGGAAUUUGAUCAGGCUCAUCAAAGAUGGCUCCCAGUUGCAGAGUUGGCUUCGCCUGGUGACAAUGUUGAUCAGGUCUAUACUGUUGCAUGGGCACCAAACAUUGGCAGGCCCUAUGAGGUAAUUGCUGUUGCCACUCACAAGGGAAUAGCAAUAUGGCAUCUUGGAUUAAACCCCGACUCAGAUGGAAGGCUCUCAUUGGAGAAGAUUGCACAACUUUCGGGUCACAACGGCGAGGUCUGGCAGAUGGAAUGGGACAUGAGUGGGAUGACAUUGGCGACUACCGGGAAUGAUGGGGCAGUACGGUUGUGGCAGUCUAAUUUGAACUGUGUUUGGCAUGAAGAGGCUACAUUUGAACCCACUUCCUAGUCCCUUGCGACCUCUGUUGCUACAUGUUAAAA